AUGGGUUCCACAAGUCUCCCCUCCAAGAUGAAGGCGUUGAAGUACGAUGAGCCAGAAAAGUUCAGCGUCGUCGAGGUCCCCCUCCCUAAGCUUCGUGAAAAUGAUAUCCUGAUCAAGGUCAAGGCUUGCGGUGUCUGCGGCACCGACCUGCACAUUCACGAGGGUGAAUUCUUGGCCAAGUUCCCCUUGAUUCCCGGCCACGAGACCGUCGGUGUCGUUGCAGCCCUCGGACCCAAGGUUAAGGGUUUCGAAGUCGGUCAGCGGGUUGUUGCAGACAACUCGGAACUCUGUGGAGAGUGCUUCUACUGCCGUCGUGGGGAGGAGCUUCUCUGCGAAGACUUCCAAGCCCACGGUGUGACCAUGGACGGCGGCUUUGCCGAGUACUGUGCAUACCCUGCCAAACGAGUGUUCCCGAUCAAGAACUUGUCCGAUGUCGAUGCCACCCUGCUCGAGCCCGCCUCCUGUGCCGCCCACGGUCUGGACAAGAUUUCACCUAAGAUGGGUUCCAGCGUGCUCAUGUUCGGCGCGGGUCCUACGGGUCUCGUCUUGACGCAAAUGCUCCGCCAGAACGGCGGUUGCCAUGUUGUCAUUGCUGCACCUGAGGGACUGAAGAUGAACCUCGCCAAAUCCCUGGAUGCGGCUGAUGAGUAUGUUGAACUGUCUCGCAAGGACCCCGGCCCGCAGUUUGAAAAGAUCAAGAGAGAAAACCCCUAUGGCUUUGAUGUUGUGGUUGAGGCCACGGGUAGUGUCAAGAUCUUGGAGGAUUCGAUCAACUAUGUCCGAAGAGGCGGCAAGCUUGUGGUUUAUGGCGUCUACGGCAACAAGGACCGUGUGUCGUGGCCACCGACCAAGAUCUUCGGGGACGAAAUCACCAUCCUUGGGUCGUUCAGCGAGACCUACAAGUUCCCUGCUGCCAUCGACUACCUUGACUCGGGCAAGGUCAAGGUCGCAGGCAUUGUCAACAAGACAUUCAAGCUGGAGCAAUGGGCCGAGUGUCUGGAAUCGAUGAAGAACAAGAGUGCGAUCAAGGCAGCCAUUGUUUUCGAAUAG